AACCAUCUACUCGUUAAAGCUUCUUGGUGAAAAGAUAAAUGAAGGAACACUUCUUACGGCGUCCCGCUCCAGUCCUAACACGUACGUGAUGGUACAUCAAGAUCAUUGGAACAUGAACCUAUUCCAAUUGGCAUGUCAGUAUCUAGGGUUUGAAGGAGUAUUUGCGAUGUUGAGCGGUCCACUUUACAAUUCCUCGUCCGUCGAUGCUCCAGUUGAAGCAAAAUCUGUGAUAUGCCCUGCUAAUGCCACAAACAUCACCGACUGCUGGUACAGUGAGACUAGAGUGGGACGGAUAAACGAGAGUGAAAUUGUUUCCAUUGUGUGUUGCCCCGUGAACCCCUGUAAUAUAUCUGGUCAACCGCUCGGCCUUGAAAGUGGUGCUCUUCCCGAUUCGGCUCUCUCAUCAUCAUCCUGCUUCUCGUCGGUCUAUUGCACCAGUGCCGUCCGCCUGAACACUGAAAAUGUGGCCUGGAUCGCAGCACGUUCCGACAAAAACGAAUGGAUACAGGUCCAUUUUGAGUCAAGUUAUAUCGUAACGGCCAUAGCGUCUCAGGGUCUUGGUGUCGUUGAUUUCGGGGUGACGUCAUACACCUUUUCGUCUAGUUUUGACGACACGACUUGGACUUACUAUUUGAACGUAUACUCUGAAUCAGUAGAGAUAUUUUCGGGAAAAGAUGGAAGCCAGGUGACUCACAUGUUUGCUAGGCCGGUAGUUGGACGCUCUUUCCGGGUACAUCCAAAGACCUUUCGCACUAACCAGGGUUUCAGGAUGGAACUUUAUGGGUAUGGACCUCUAACUGAUGCCAUAGCGUCGCUGAACGUCGAUGCGGUAUUUGGUUGCAAUCCUCCUGUCCUCGGCGAGGGGCUUGGCGUGGAAGAUGGUCGUAUACCAGACUCUAGUCUGACCUCUUCAUCGGAUAAAGCUUACAACGGAAGGCUAAAUAACGUUACCGGUGCCGGUGCAUGGGUUGCCGCCGCUGCAGACAGCAAUUCGUGGGUUAAGGUCGAUCUCGGCGAGGAUACUUUGGUAACUGGUGUUAUCACACAGGGAUGGCACAAUGAGGCCUCCUGGGUUACGUCUUUCCAAAUCUCCUACUCAAGAGACAAUACAAAUUGGACCUUUGCUCUGGAAGAGCAUUGCGGGGUACUCAAAACAUAUGCAGGAAAUUUUGAUUCUGACUCAUAUGUGACCAUACUGUUUCCUGAGCCAGUAACCGCAAAGUACGUCAGGUUUCAUCCUAUAACAUUUCCUUCUCGGGCGGCUAUGAGAUUCGAAGUACUUGGUAUUAAAACUUGAACCAUAACGAGUUUUUCUUGAAUUCGAUUUAUUGUGUUAUUAAAUCUUUUUUAUUCAUUUAACGAGUUAUCAUUAAACUGAUUUUUUUUUUGUAUUAUUCAUUUAACGAGUCAU